GCUUUACAAGAAUAUUUCCUGGCCGAAUGGAACCUUUUGCCCAUCCAUUGCUAUGAUUUCUUUCCUCUUUUCACUGGAGUUGACUUGUGUAAAUUUGAAGUUGAACAAACCCACUCUGAUGCUGCUGAUGAAACAUCAUCCAUCUUCGCUCACUCGCUAGCUCUCUGUGAGAAUUUGCGAUGAGGGAGGAGAGAAAUGCUCGAGAUCCCACUAUCCUAACCACCAAAACCAGAGAACCCAUGCCCUACUUUACUGGUAUCGUCUUCCUCCUUUUCUCUCUCAUUGCAACCACAACAACAACAGCAGAAGCAGCUUCCUCUCUUUCAUCUUCUCUCCCAAAACCUCCCCCUCUGCCCAUUCUACCUCUGCCCUCUGCGGCCCAGCUCUCAUGGCAACUGGGAGAUAUGGCUAUUAUCCUGCAUUUUGGGACCAACACCUUCACCGAUUCUGAAUGGGGCACAGGCCACGCCGACCCCUCCAUCUUCAACCCUACCAAACUUGAUGCCCGCCAAUGGGUUCGGGUCGCGAAGAACGCUGGCUUCUCCCGUGUGAUUCUCACUGCCAAGCACCAUGACGGCUUCUGCCUCUGGCCCUCUGCCUACACCGAUUACUCCGUCCGUUCCACCUCUUGGAAGAACGGCAACGGUGACGUUCUAGCUGAUUUGGCCGACGCUGCUAGGGAGGCUGGUAUCGAUUUGGGUGUCUACCUCUCGCCUUGGGAUCGUCACGAGACUUCCUAUGGCAGGACUUAUGAGUAUAAUGAGCACUAUAUGGCCCAGAUGUCUGAAUUGCUCACAGGAUAUGGGGAGAUCAAGGAGGUAUGGUUGGAUGGUGCCAAAGCAGAGGGAGAAAAGGAUAUGGAAUACUUCUUUGAUUCUUGGUUUGCUCUUAUUCAUCAGCUGCAACCUGGGGCUGUCAUAUUUUCAGAUGCUGGUCCGGACACCAGGUGGAUAGGGGAUGAAGCUGGUGUUGCUGGCUCCACUUGCUGGUCCCUUUUCAAUCGAAGCUCUGCCAAGAUUGGUGACACGGAUCCCCAGUAUUCUCGUGGAGGAGACCCGUAUGGUCAUGAUUGGGUUCCUGCAGAGUGUGAUGUAUCCAUCAGGUCUGGUUGGUUUUGGCAUGCUUCGGAGCACCCAAAGUCUGCAAUCACUUUGCUUGACAUAUAUUACAAUUCAGUGGGACGAAACUGUCUCUUUCUACUAAAUGUCCCCCCAAAUUCAUCAGGUUUGAUAUCAGAAGAGGACAUUCAAGUGCUUGAAGAAUUCACCAAAAUUCGACAAACCAUAUUCUCCCAUAAUUUGGCCAAGAAUGCCAUUCUGACUGCAAGCAGCCAACGUGGAGGCAAAAGUGAUUCUCGGUUUGACCCAAUCCAUGUCCUUGAAGAAGGCAUUUUCACUUAUUGGGCACCUGAAGAGUAUCAAUCUGAUUGGGCAAUAAAUCUGGACUUUGGGGAAGCCUUAUCAUUUAAUGUGUUGCAAGUUCAAGAGCCCAUCCAUAUGGGCCAGCGGAUCAUUGAUUUCCAUAUUGAUAUUCAUACUAAAGAAGAUGAGUGGAAGACAGUAAUAAGCGGCACAACUGUGGGAUAUCGAAGGGUGCUUCGGUUUCUCACUGUAAAAUCACAGUAUUUGAGGAUUGUCUUUGACAAGUCCCGGGCAGAUCCACUGAUUUCUUUUCUGGGGAUUUACUUUGACCCGUUUUCCAUUGUGAAUGAUGCAUCCGUUACAAACUCAACGUUGUACUUCAAUGGCACUGAAGUUAUUCGACUGACAGCUUACAACCAUUCUCUCAGUGCCAAGAUGUAGAUUUUGAAUUUGAACUCUAUGAAGACAUCAUUUUUUCUCUUAUCCGGAAGUUGUAACACUGGUGCAGUGAAGAGAUAGCAGCUCAAGUGAUCUUAUGUAAUUUGAUUGUAGUAUAUCAUGCCAUUGUUGUUGCCUGAUAGGCUUUUUUUUUAUUUCAUAUCAACCAUGCAACCAUGUUUAAUGAGCUCUAUUGUGUUAAAAUCCUAGGCUUGAAGACUAUGAGCUCUGAGUCUGCUGUACUGGAACUUCCAUUUCUGUUUUGUUACAUUAUUGAGUUCUGCAACUUCCAAUGGAGUUAUCUAAUGCAAA